CGAAGCCCAUACCCGAACGCAGCACACAACACACCAGAGGCCCAGACUAAGCGGCGGCAGCAGCCUGCGGAAGCGAGCGAGAGAGGGGGGCAAGAUGCUGUCGUCUUCCACGGCCCCCUCCCUCCGCCUCCACCACCACCAACCAGCCAGGCCCCGCCGCCGCCCGCCGGCCCCGGCGGCCUACCGCCAAUUCCAGUCGCCCGCCGCGGCCUCCCGCCGCCACCUCCCCGCCGGGGCGGCCGUCCGCGCCCGCGGCGCCACCAUCCGCGCCAUCGACGCGGCCCAGCCGUUCGACUACGAGUCCCGCGCCGCGGGGCUGCUGGAGGAGCGGCAGCGCCUCAAGAUCGCCAUCGUCGGGUUCGGCAACUUCGGGCAGUUCCUGGCGCGCACCUUCGCGCGGCAGGGCCACACGCUCCUCGCCCACUCCCGCUCCGACCACUCCUCCCUCGCCGCCUCCCUCGGCGCCGCCUACUUCCAGGACCCGCACGACCUCUGCGAGUGCCACCCGGACGUCGUCCUCCUCGCCACCUCCAUCCUCUCCGCCGAGGCCGUGCUCCGCUCGCUCCCGCUCCACCGCCUCCGCCGCAGCACGCUCUUCGUCGACGUCCUCUCCGUCAAGGAGUUCCCCAAGAACCUCCUCCUCACCUCCCUCCCGGAGGGAUUCGACAUCCUCUGCACCCACCCCAUGUUCGGCCCGGAGUCGGCCCGCGACGGCUGGGACGGUCUCCCCUUCGUCUUCGACAGGGUCCGCGUCGGCGACUCCCCGGCCCGCCGCGCCCGCGCCAACGCCUUCCUCAACAUCUUCGAGCGCGAGGGGUGCCGCAUGGUGGAGAUGUGCUGCGCCGAGCACGACGCGCACGCCGCCGAGACGCAGUUCCUCACCCACACCGUCGGCCGGAUGCUCGCCACGCUCGAGCUCAGCUCCACCCCAAUCAACACCAAGGGCUACGAGACGCUGCUCCGCCUCGUCGACAACACCUGCAGCGACAGCUUCGACCUCUACAACGGCCUCUUCAUGUACAACAAGAACUCCACCGACCUGCUCAACCGCCUCGAGUCCGCCAUGGACUCCGUCAAGAAGAGGCUCUUCGACGGCCUCCACGAGGUGCUCCGGAAGCAGCUCUUCGAGGGCAAGGCCUCGCCGCCCAACACCGCCACCACCGGCCACCACGCCGACGUGCACCGGAGGCAGCUCCUCCUGGAGGGCAAGCCCCCCUCACCCUCAGUGCCCACCCCCAACAACGUUACCGUCCCCAAGUAGCCUCCUCUCUCCCUCCCCUCCCCUCCCCCAUGCCUGGCUUGCUCUGCUCCUGUGCUCCAUGGUGAUGUACUAUGAUCAAUUUCACUUCUUUGCUGGUCUUAUACAUUGUGUUGUAUUCUAUUGUACCAGUUUGUAUUUCUGCCAAGAGUGAUUCCCCCAUACGGGGAAAGAAAAGCUUGCACCGAAUUAUGGAUGUAUAUGGGAAUGAUGAAAUAAACCUGAAUUGACAUUGGAGUGUCAUCAAGGAAA